ACGCUUUUCCACCAUUUCCUCCACAAAACUCUCGUAUCUCUCUCUCUUUCUCACAUCAUGAACUCAUUCAUAAACACAGACACAGACACACACACACAGCGCUCCAAGUUCAGCAUUUAAAUUGCGUCGAUUCCUCAGACGAAUUUCAUUUUGAUUAUUUCUUUUGUUCUUUCCACAGUCCACAGCUCACCAACUUAUCUGAUCGUUAAGUGACCAACUCUUCCUCUUUCUGUUGUACAAAUAAUAUCGUUUCGAUCCCUUGAUCUCAUUCAAGAUCUAAUUCUCAGGGAGACCGCAGCUCAAGUUUCCGAGCUUUGGUUUAGAUUUUACGGCUGGCUUAUCAUCUGACCUGGUUGCAGAAAGUAACCCAAACAAGCAGCACUAAAGGGAUCUGCUCUUCUAGGCUGUACUAGCUAGUUGAAUUUAAGUGCUAUCUAUCUGCUUAGCCGGCCUACGUAUAGCUCUCAGCUUUAUUUGGAAAAUAAGGAGCUGGUCUUUUUUGGGUUCUGUAACUGUCACCGUUGGUUUGGCUGUUGUUUGACCAGCAUAGAAGACUGUGCACAACGACAAGGAGCAAGCACCUGUAUGAAUCUGAUCGAGAACAUUUGUAACCGAUGAGUCUCAGACAACUCGAUCGAGACUCGGUUCGUAGUUGUAGUUGAAAGAUAUAUAUUUAUAUAGUUAUAUAAAGAAAGCUGGCAAAUAAGUGGUGGGAGAGAAUAGAUGUGGCGAUGGCGGGGUACAAUGGCAGAUCAGAAUAUAUGCAACUCUUCCGUCCCGAACUGCACCUCCAGAGACCACCGUCACCGUCCAUCUCUGUUCCGCCGCAGCAACAACAACCUCAACCUUCUUCCGAUUCUCAACAGCAAGAAGACUCGCCCGAAGGAGACCAAGAACACAAGAUCGAGUCCGACACCGCCGCUACAAGUUCCGGAGGCGGCGGCGGCGGUAGCGGUAGCGGUGGGGGUUCAGGACGUCGUCCGCGGGGGCGUCCGGCGGGGUCAAAGAACAAGCCGAAGCCGCCGAUCAUCGUGACGCGCGACAGCCCCAACGCGCUCCGCUCGCACGUGCUGGAGGUCUCUGCCGGGACAGACGUGGUGGAGAGCGUGUCCCACUACGCGAGGCGGAGGGGGAGGGGAGUGUGCGUGCUCAGCGGCACCGGCACCGUCGCUAACGUCACCCUGCGUCAGCCGGCGGCGCCCGUGGGGAGCGUGGUCACUCUCCACGGGAGGUUCGAGAUACUUUCGCUCUCGGGGACGGUGCUUCCGCCUCCGGCCCCGCCGGGCGCCGGGGGACUGUCGAUUUUCCUGGCGGGCGGGCAGGGUCAGGUGGUUGGGGGCAGCGUGGUGGGCCCACUGCUGGCUUCGGGGCCGGUUGUUUUGAUGGCUGCGUCGUUUGCGAAUGCGGUGUUUGAGAGGCUGCCAUUGGAGGAGGAAGAGGCAGCGGGCGGUGGUGGGUUACAAGUCCAGCAACCGACGGCUUCACAAUCUUCAGGAGUGACAGGUGGUGGUGGUGGAGGACAACAUCAGCAGCUUGGUGAGGGAAGCAGCGGCGGUCUCUUUAAUCUGGGAGGGAACAUGGGGGCGGGGAGCUAUCCGGCGUUUUCGGGAACUGAUUUGUACGGGUGGGGUAGCGGUGGAGCUACUCAUCCGCGGCCUCCGUUUUAGUGCUACGUGGUUUGAGUGAGAGUGAAUGUUUGGUGUUUUGGAAUAAGAUAUAUAUAUGCAUGAGAGGAUCGAUCUUUGAGCAAAAAUGAAGCAAGGUAUGCCAUCAGAUUCAACAAAUUUCUUGGAUCCAAGGGAAAAUUAAGCUCCUUCGCUCCAUAUUCACUGAGGCUUUGGUUUAGUACUUUUCAGUCACAGGAAGAACAAGCUUCUAUGAUAAUUUGUUGAAACUGGGAAAGGAUAGGUUUUUGAAAAAUACGUGCAGCUGAUUAGCUGCUUGGCCAAUAUCAAGUUAUUGAUCGAAGCAGAAAAGUUAGAACACUUGUGCAUAUGUUCAUCAGUACGACCACUGUAUUUGGGUACCUAUACCGGUGCAGGCGUUUGUUUUGCGAGUGGCGAGUGAAUAUUGACGCAAUGAGGAGAGCAUUAGACUACAUUAAAUUGAAGAAAUAAACUAGUUGGUGCUUGCUCAUCGUUUUGUUUUUUUGUUAAUUAUUAUUUGAUUACUUCUCAAUAUUCAAGAAGAAGCUAGCCAGCUAAGUAGCCCCUAUCGUUUUUUUAUUAUUUUCUUUUUCUAGUGGCCUUGCCCUUUACAUGUUGAUUACAAAGGUCUUGCAGAGUUCAUCUGGCAAAAUGAUGGUAUCUUUUUAGCCAA